AUGGCAUCUUCCAUGAGGAGCUUGUUUACUGACCACAGCAGAUACGUUGAGUCUUUCCGGAGGUUUCUCAGCAGUUCCACGGAGCACCAGUGUAUGCAGGAAUUCAUGGACAAGAAGCUGCCGGGCAUAAUAGCAAGGAUUGGAGACACAAAAUCUGAAAUUAAGAUUCUAAGCAUUGGCGGUGGUGCAGGUGAAAUUGAUCUUCAAAUUCUCUCCAAAGUGCAAGCUCAGUACCCAGGAGUUCAUAUCAUCAAUGAAGUUGUUGAACCAAGUGCUGAACAAAUCACCAAGUACAAAGAGCUUGUAGCCAAGACAUCAAACCUUGAGAACAUAAAGUUUGCUUGGCAUAAGGAGACAUCAUCUGAAUAUCAAAAUAGAAUGAUGGAGAAAAAAGAACUUCAGAGGUGGGACUUUAUUCAUAUGAUUCAGAUGCUGUAUUAUGUUAAAGACAUCCCAGCUACCCUGAAAUUCUUCCAUAGUCUCUUAGCCACCAAUGCUAAGAUUCUCAUUAUUCUUGUGUCAGGAGCCAGCAGCUGGCAAAAGCUAUGGGAAAAGUAUGGACCCCGCUUACCCCGGAAUGACCUCUGCCAGUAUGUCACAUCGUCUGACCUCACUCAGAUGCUGGAUGAGUUGGGGAUUAAGUACGAGUAUUAUGACCUUCUGUCCACCAUGGACAUAUCUGACUGUUUUAUUGAUGGCAAUGAAAAUGGAGACCUCCUUUGGGAUUUUUUGACAGAAACCUGCAACUUUAAUACAACAGCACCACCUGAUCUCAAAGCAGAAAUUAUGAAAGAUCUGCAGAAGCCUGAAUUCAGUAUAAAGAAAGAGGGAAAGGUUCUUUUCAAUAAUAGUCUGAGUUUCAUAGUGGUUGAGGCAUAA